GUGACAGGCGAGGCGGCCCUGGCCAGCGCCGCGCAGCCCAAGCUGGGGAGCUGGAAGCCUGGGCGCAGAGCGCAGCUGCUCCGAGUAAGGCGAGGGAGGGCUCACAGCGGCUGCUCCGCAGCGGGACUCGCACACAGACGCGCAUCCUCUUCCUGAGCAGCACCCCCGCUCUCCCCCCGGCAGCACCAGCGCAAGGGGGGCUUGGAGCGAGACAAAGCAAAGAUGGCAGGGAUCCUAGCCUGGUUCUGGAACGAGCGGUUCUGGCUGCCGCACAAUGUCACCUGGGCCGAUCUGAAGAACACGGAGGAAGCCUCCUUCCCCCAGGCUGAGGAUCUGUACCUCGCCUUCCCCCUGGCCUUCUGCAUCUUCAUGAUCCGGCUGGUCUUCGAAAGGUUUAUAGCUAAACCCUGUGCCUUAGGUCUUAAAGUCCAGGCGAAUGGACCACAGAAAGCCCAACCUAAUGCUAUUCUGGAAAAAGUUUUCACUGCAAUUACAAAGCAUCCAGAUGAGAAGAGACUGGAAGGCCUCUCCAAGCAGCUGGACUGGGAUGUACGCAGUAUUCAGCGUUGGUUUCGACAAAGACGCAACCAGGAAAAGCCCAGCACUCUUACAAAGUUCUGUGAAAGCAUGUGGAGAUUUACAUUUUACCUUUAUAUAUUUACCUAUGGAGUCCGGUUCUUGAAAAAGACUCCCUGGCUCUGGAACACAAGGCAGUGCUGGAAUGGAUAUCCGUAUCAGCCACUGAUGCCUGACCUUCAUUACUACUACAUAGUCGAGUUGUCAUUCUAUUGGUCCUUAAUGUUUUCUCAGUUCACUGACAUCAAAAGAAAGGAUUUCAGCAUCAUGUUUACGCAUCACAUUGUAACAGUCAUUUUGAUAUCCUUUUCAUAUGUAACCAAUUUGACACGAGUGGGAGCCCUGACCUUGUGUCUUCAUGAUUCAGCUGACAUUUUGCUGGAGGCUGCCAAAAUGGCAAACUAUUGCAAGUGUCAAAAACUGAGUGACCUCCUGUUCCUUAUGUUUGCCAUUGUCUUCAUCAUCAGUAGGCUUGGCAUAUAUCCUUUGUGGAUAUUAAACACAAUGCUGUUUGAACUGUAUGAAGCUCUGGGCAAUUUUCCUGCCAUGUGGUUCUUUAACAUAUUGCUCAUAGUACUUCAAGUCCUGCACUGUUUUUGGUCUUAUCUAAUCAUAAAAGCAGCGUAUAAAGCUAUCUCCAGAGGCAAGGCUGGAAAGUGGAACCCUUUGCAUGUAGCAAAGGAUGACCGAAGUGAUGUUGAAUCCAGUUCGGAUGAGGAUGAUUCAGUACCUCGUUCAAAUAAUCCACACAACACUACCACCACAAAUGGGACCAGUGGUGCUAACGGGACAAAUGGAUAUCUUACUGGUAGCACUUGUUCAGAGGACCAUUAAUCCUUGAGCUAACUCAUGAAACAUGAACACAGUGAACUCUUUACUACUAGAAGUAAAUAAUAAGUUGUGAAUGCAGUUUCUUCAUAUAUCUCAGCAUCAGAAAAAAAAAUUAGAAGUAUCAAAUCAUACUGAUAGUGCACUGCCAUAUUUCCUGUUUGUGAACAAAGAGACACACCAUUCUGUAUAUGUAGGCAUGCUAUACCUGUAUGUAAUUGACUCAAUGGGAGCAGUAUUUUUAUUUGUACUGUCUUAGAAUAUUAUUUAUUUUGAAUAUGUUUGGGGACUUAUGGACAAAAGGGAAUGUCCUUACUCUUUUGCUCUUUAGAUUCUCAGUAGUGGAGACCGACACGCUAAGAUCUCUUCGGUCCAUUCCUGUUGCCCAGUCUUCUAUAAGUAGUAGUCUGCUUGAUUUGUCACUUACAGUAAGCUAUAACAUGGCUUUACAGAUUCUAGCUCCGCUCCAGAGAGUUUUGCUAUCUUUGUGUUUUAAACUGCUAGUUUUGAAAUCAUCUCUGAAAUCACAGUGGCCAUUUCCCCAAUGUAAAGUUUUAAAUGAUGGUUUAAUAUUUUAAAUAGUGUCUAAUGUGGUCAAUUAUCAGUUCAGACAAAUCUGUAGUUAUUGUAGGGUAUUACUUUAGCAUUGUUUUCAACCUAAUUGGUGGUUAAUUGCAUUAGAAUAGACUUGAUUACUUGUUCAAAUACACAAGAUACCUUUCUGUCAACAGCAAUGAUAAACUCGUACUUGAAGUUUAGUUCUGCUUUGCAAGAUUUAACUCUACAGACUUCAGUUUCUUGCACAAAUUUCAUGCCAAGAGAUGAUCCAGUGUCAGAAGAGAGAGGUUUGCUGAUGUCCGCUGUUGUAAAUCCAGAAUUCAUUCUUGAAUUUGAGGAUUUGUUCCUUUGAGCUGGAAAGGAUGAGAGCAGUAGCACAAUGACAAAACAGCAGCUGAACGUUCAUUGCUUCGACUGACAGGAUUCAGUGGAGAUCUUGUUCUUAUCAUUCCAGAUUUUUUGUCAUUCAGAAGUGGGGAGACCGCAGAAUGUUCUGCACUACCAGACCCAGAGAAGUUUAUUCAUAGCAAACUUUUAGGGUGCUUCAGUAUUUUUUAUUGAACCUACAAAUAAAGCUGUAAAAUUUUGCUCUACUAUUCAACUUGAGAUUUAUGAGUAGGGGCAAACUGCUCCCAAAGGAGUCAGUGUGAGUAGAAAUAGAUUGUUCCUUUUUUGAUAUGAUCAUCAGUUUGUGGAAAAUCCUUGGGUGAAGUAUUGCAAAGAGCACCUCUUUAGUCUUCUGUACUAUCAACGGCAGUGCCAGCAGUAGGAGUGUUUCUGGGGAACAGUCUCUAUGCAUCCUGCUUUUCAACAGUGUUGCGUAUGUGUGCACAGAAGAAAUGUACAUAUAGACCAAAGAAAUUUAGAAAGAAGUAGGAAGGAGUAAACCAGAAAAUCAUCUGUUGCAUUACCAGGGGUGAGAGCGCUUAUCUUCAGCAGGAGCAAUGUGAGCCAGAAAAUAGUUUUGUUUCCUCACACUAUGCAAGUAUCAAAAUACAGAUGAUUUCUCAGGCCACAGAGUAUUAUUAUUAGUGGCUUUAUUCCGUAUGAAUGAUACUGAAAGAAGCUACAAGACCAUUUAUUUCUUUUGAAAGAUAUUUAUCCCAUCUCUUUACCCAGUUAGUGUUUUGUGCUGGUUCUUGAAAGUCUCUGGAAUCAUCAUUAUGCACAAAGGCCCUUUGUACUAGCCAAAAAUGUGCAGACUGUAAAGGCAAGACAUCAAGAGUAAAAAUGGCCCUUCCACUUCAGGGAGAAUAAAUACAAGAAUAAUGGCAUAGAGUAAGAGAUGGAAGGAAAGGCAAAUGACUACUAGUCUGUACAGAAAAUACCCUGCAUAUGAGAUCUGAAAUGGUACGCUGAUGUUGGGAUUAUAGAGAGAGAGAUUAUAUUAAUGGGAUAUAAUGAAUUAAAAAUUAUAAUCUCUGAAAGGCCAACUGCCAAGACUAUCAUUAAAAAUAAAGGCUUAAACGUUGCUGUUCAGUGGAGUAGAUGGCUGCCUUUGUUGGACUAUGUACCUUAUGCAAAUAAAGGUGUAAGAAGUAGAAUGUCUCAGAAAAGUUUGAGAAUUCUUGAAAUUCCAGAGUUCUAGAAUGCUGGUAAAUUUUUCAUUUUAUCCAACGAUGCAGUCUUGUUUUAAAAUAGCAAUGUACAUAUGAUACCAGCACCACAUCAGUAUCUGGGACAGAGAUUAAUUAGAGGUUCCACCUCCCCUCCUGUACAGUCAUGCAAGAGUCAUCACAAUCUGUCCUUUACGUCAGGUGUAUCCCACUCAUUUCAUUAGCAACCCUCUCUGGCUGUCCUAGACAUUCCGAGUCCUAUUAGCAUGAAAUGGGACUCUAAUUAAGAUGUAUCUGCAUGAGGAAGAUGUGAUAUUAAAAGUGGGUAGUUGGAAAAAUAGGGAUGGGGAUCAGAAUGUAUCAAGAGCUUUGCUAACCAUCACUGAACCAUUGCUAGACAUUCAAUCCACAGUAUUUGAGGAAAUAGGGAAAUUCAUUGAAUUUCUCCCAUCUUUAUGAGACAGGACCAAAAAGUUUUGUUGAACAUGCUUUACAGUAUUGUUCUGGGUCAUUACAUCAAUUGACAGGAGUCAAAACAGUUCUGACUAAGCCUUUGCAGAAGAACAAUGUUUCACUCCGUGAAGAGAGUGGCAUACAUUCAAAAUAUUUUGUAUAUGAACCUGUGCUUAUGUUCUUGCAUUGAGAGCGAUUUAAUGGGAAUGGAACACUUUUGAUGGCUGUUGUAUAUUUUUUGGGUAAUGAUGUAUUUCACAAAACUUGUAAAGAGAUUUGACCUGUAAAUGGUUCGCACAGCUCUGUAUAAUUGUGAAGAAUUGGAAGGUUGUGUACAUCAGUACAUAUCACAGCAUCAUUAUCCAGUUCCUAUAGAAACAAGAAUUUGUGUUCCAGCUAUAUAUUAUUAUUUUCAAGCUCUUUGCCUCCUAAUGAGCUAUUUAUCAUUUUUACCUCACUUCAACUUCUGUGCUCCCUUUUUUGUGGUAUGUUAAGAGACACUGAGGUUGGAACAGGUAAGUAGAAAAA